AUGUCUCAGAGCCCGGGCACGCAGGACUGUGUCCACCAGCCUCCAGGGGUCACCGUUCCUCGACGCCGUGCCAUAACCCACACAGGUGAACGAAGCCUAGCCACCUCCCAGGACCAGAUUCUCAAGCGCAAGUGUGGACCCCGGGUGUCCGGCCACGUGCCCGCGCUCCCUCUCCCACAGCGCAAGUGUGGACCCCGGGUGUCCGGCCACGUGCCCGCGCUCCCUCUCCCGCAGCGCAAGUGUGGACCCCGGGUCCCCGGCCACGUGCCCGUGCCCCUCUCCUGCAGCCGCAAGUGUGGACCCCGGGUGUCCGGCCACGUGCCCGCGCUCCCUCUCCCGCAGUGCAAGUGUGGGCCCCGGGUGUCCAGCCACGUGCCCGCGCCCCUCUCCCGCAGCGCAAGUCGCAAGUGUGGACCCCGGGUCCCCGGCCACGUGCCCGCGCUCCCUCUCCUGCAGCGCAAGUGUGGACCCCGGGUCCCCGGCCACGUGCCCGCGCCCCUCUCCCGCGCGCAAGCUGUAGGAGUCACCACGCAGGAGAACAAACAGCUAAACAUCACAUUCCAGGUCCUCUUCUCGGGGGGUGAAGAAACCAACAUCGUGACAGUGGAGAAGAGACAGUCCCUAAGUGAAUGGAAGCCGGUCAUCAGCUUAGUGGAAGCUGAUGCUUUGGACCCCUGCAUGGAACACUUCCACAUCUCUAUCCAUCAGCAACAGCACAGCGAUACAGCCCGUUUUCCUCCAGAGAGCCGCUCCCCAGGAGGGGCUCCAGAGAGGUCCCCAAGAAGAGGCUCUGGAGAGAGAUGCCCAGAGGAAAGGGAAGAUGAGGCACAUGAAGAGGUUGUGAGCCCCCUGCCUACAGAAAGCCAGGCUCCCUGCCACCCCAAACCUGUCAGUUCUGACACUGAGGAUGUGACCAAGAGGAAGAACCACAACGUCCUGGAGCACAAACGGUAGAAUGCUCUCCAUUCAAGGUUCUUGGCCCCGCGGCACCCAGUACCCACCCUGGCCAGCUGCUCCCAGGCCUGCAGCGUGAGGGUCCUGAGCGAGGCGUCGGCAGGGCGAGAAGAGGGUGCCCUGGAGGAGACGCAGCUCGGAUGCCAGCAGCAGCAGCAGCAGCAAAAAAGAACCUUGUACCUCAGUGGCUACUAA